AUGCUCCGCUCGGUCCGGGAGAAUGUCACCCCUGCAGCAGCUGAAAGCUCCGCCGCAGCUCAACAUCGAUACCCGACCGGUCACGAUCCGAGGCUGAGGUACAUCAAGCCUUACUGGUGGCCGUAUCAGACAUACGUCAAGGAGCGAUGGCUAGGCCGACAGCUGCUUGAGGUGAUCAGCUCGGAGUUCCGAGACCGCUCAGUUGAUUACUAUCGUCACGCUUUAGAGUCUGGCGUCACCCGUAUCAACGGUGUAAUUGCCUCGCCGCUAUACGUUUUGAAAGGAUCUGAUAGGCUGGACAACACUGUACAUCGCCAUGAGCCGCCAGUUGCCAACGAUCCGGUGCGGGUGCUGCACAUCGACAAGGAGCGGGAGUUCAUUGUCAUCUCAAAGCCUGGCUCUGUCCCAGUGCACGCGACAGGCCGCUACUUCAGACAUACAGUCCUCGAGAUGCUCAAAAGCGACUACGGAAUACAUGGUUACGCUGUCAAUCGGCUAGACCGGCUGACGUCUGGUCUAAUGAUCCUGGCUCUCUCAAGUAAAGCGUCACGGCAGCUGGCAGAUGAAUUUGCCAACAAGGAGGUGAAGAAGGAAUAUGUGGCGCGGGUGAAGGGGAAGUUCCCAAACGAGGAGAUCACGGUAGAUCAACCGCUUCUUACAGUCGACAGGCAGAUGGGCCUCGUCAUCAUCGCUCCAGAAGGCAAAGAUGCGAAAACGGUCUUUCUGAGAAUAGGAUACGACGCAGAGAGGGAUGAAAGUAUCGUCAGAUGUCGACCGUUGACGGGGAGGACGCAUCAGAUCCGGGUCCACCUUCAGUUUCUCGGCCACCCCAUCUCCAAUGAUCCCCUCUACGGCAUGGCCUCAGUCUGGGGCGAGAAUCUGGGCCAAGGCGGUGUCGACCUAGUACCCGAGGAAUCCUCCACCUCGGUCACUGAUAUCCUCGCGCAGCGACAAUCGUCCAACGCCACGCCAAGCGGCUCAAAGCCCAAGGCUGCCGAGACUAAAGGCAAGGGCGUGGAUGAGGAGACGGAGAUGGGGAAUAUCGAGCUGUCGAGCCCGAUAAGGCUCAGCAGGCAGGCCAAGGAGAUUAUAGCGAAGUUGAGGCGGAUGAAGGAUGAGGCUGAGGAUUGGGUCAAGUGGAAGGAAGUGAUCUUCACAACACAACAAGCGCAAGCUUCCCUCGCUCAAGCCCAACCUUCCACCGGCGAGUCCUCGUCCGCCUCGCAAUCCGCCCGCUCCAAAGCUUCCGCCCCGGACCUCUCCGACCCCAUCCACGGCAACCACGCUUCCCCACUCCAACGCCCCGACUUUCUUCCCCCUGGAUUCUGCGAUCAGUGCUACGUGCCUCUCCCAGACGACCCGACGCCUGAGACGCUGUUCAUAUACCUGCAUGCGCUGAGUUAUACGACGGAGCGGCUGGGGAAAUGGGCGACGCCGAUGCCGAGGUGGACGAUGGAGGUUUGGGAUGGGGAUUGGAGGGGGUGGGCGGAUGGGCAGGAGAUUAUGGAGGUGGGGGUGAGGAAGGGGGCGGAGGCGGAGAAGGUUGAGGAAGCAGAUAGCCGGGAAGCGGACGAGAAAGUAGAUGGGGAAAAGAAGGCUUCGUCGGGAGAGACGGGAGAGCAGUGA